GUGUCUGUGUGUCUGGGCACGUGUGUGUUUGUGUGUGUGUCAGACGAGUGCCUUCUCUUUAAGAGGAGGCUUUCCCACUCGCUCUGACCACACUCUCAUCUGGGACCAGUGCUGAGACAGAUCCGAUCUUUUCUUUGCUUUUGGGGAACGAGAACUCUGAGGUGAGCACGGAUGGAAACUGUGAAAUGCUGGAGGAGGGGAUUUUUUUCGGUUGGAAAGACCGAGCGAACGCCUCAAUAGAACAGAGAAUAUUGUUUAGAAAUGUUCUUUACUGAAGUUCUUCUACAGCUCUGAACAAUUGAUAUAGUGUUUAUUUUGACUUUAACAUCCUGUGUUUAUGUCAUUGUCUAAAAUAUAUGUCUAUAACUGACAUCAAUAGAUUUCAUGAGGCAUGACAACAAAGUGCCCGGAUAAUCUUCCAUCUUGUUCUUUGUUGCAUUAUUAGUGGUUUUAAGGUAUUUUAUUCUGCUUUUCCAUUGAUUCACUUGUAAAAUCAAUUACAAUCUUUCUCCUCAGCUUCAGAUAUGGCUCGUCUGGAUCACGUCAUCACAAACAUUGUGGAUAUAUUCCUGGAGUACGCCGAAGAUGAGGGCAAGAAGCGCCAGUUAAACAAGGAGGAAUUAAAGAAAGUGUUGCAGCAAGAAAUACAAAGUCCCGAGUUGAAAGGUACAAUCAAUGCAGAUGAUAUUGAGGAAGCCAUGCAGAUGCUGGACAAAAACCAUGACGGUGAGGUUAACUUCCGGGAGUUUUGUCGGUGUGUGUCAGACCUGGCCAAGUGCCACUACAACAAGAAGACAGGCAAGGGAGGCAAGAAAGGCAAGGGCAAAGAACAGGAACCUGAGACUGAAGAUUAACUCUUAAAAUGUUGGAAGCUCUGUAACAUAUUAGAAAUAUCCUAUAUAUAUAUAUAUUUGGCAUAUACACAACUUAGAUGUCAUAUGUGACCCAGUCUUCCAGAUGUUAUUGCUAUCAAGCUAUUUUGCACUGUUAAUAAAACUCAAGCCUGUUUCUUGUGUCUAAAAAAUGCAUGC